GGCCCCGGGAGCGGAACUUCCGCAUCUCGGCGCGGAGAACUCCGAGUUACGCCAGAAGCGCCCUGGGGAAUCGCACGCGCAGGCGCAGCACAUCCGUUCGCAGGAUCUCUCAUCCUUCGACGUCAGGUUCCAGCGAGAGGUCGUAGAAGAAGAUAAGUUGCCAGCUUCCCCGCCGUUCAAGAGGAUGAAGGAGCUGAAGACGGAGGAUCACUCCCCUUGCUUAUCUUGUCGGAGGAUGAAGUUGGAUCUUGCCAGCAUGCGGGAGGAGAACAGAGAGUUAGGGAUCAAGAUAUUUCGGUACAGGCAGGCGGUGUCUUUCCUAGAAGUGGAUGAGAUCACGGCCUGUGCUCGUAGGAGUUGUGACGAGGCCAUUCAUCUGGGAGAACGGAUCAAAGCUCAGCUUGUCUCUUUGAUGGAAGUCGCAGAACGCGUGAUUUUCAAUGCUAGAGAGGCGCGGGAACGACUUCUGGUGGCUGAAGAUCUCGCAUAGCAGUUUAAUCAUG